AUGGAUCAACAAUCCAAUAAGGCCCAUAGAGGGGCCACCAAGAAAACAGGAGCCAAAAAGAAACUACAUCAAAAUGGUCAGAACAAAAAGGCAUUUGCAGUAGCAGCACCUCGAAAGUUGGAACGGAUGGCAAGAAGAUCGCAUGAUGUCAAUGAACGUAAACUACAUGUGCCCAUGGUUGAUAGGACCCCAGACGAUGAUCCACCACCAGUUAUAGUUGCCGUUGUUGGACCACCGGGUACUGGGAAAUCUACAUUGAUUAAAUCAUUAAUUAGACGAUUGACUAAAACCACCUUGACGGAAAUCAAAGGUCCCAUUACUGUGGUUAGUGGGAAACGAAGACGAUUAACUUUUAUUGAGGUGAAUAACGACUUGAAUUCAAUGAUUGAUGUGGCCAAGAUUGCUGAUUUAGUACUUCUUUUAAUUGACGGGAACUAUGGAUUGGAAAUGGAAACUAUGGAGUUUCUAAAUAUUGCUCAACACCACGGUAUGCCUAGAGUACUAGGAGUAGCCACUCAUUUAGAUCUUUUCAAAUCUCAAUCAACGUUAAGAACAUCGAAAAAGAGAUUGAAACACCGGUUCUGGACUGAAGUUUAUCAAGGUGCCAAGUUAUUCUACCUUUCAGGAGUCAUCAAUGGUCGUUAUCCUGAUCGAGAGAUUUUAAAUUUGAGUAGAUUCAUAUCGGUUAUGAAGUUCAGACCUUUGAAAUGGAGAAACGAGCAUCCUUACUUGCUAGGUGAUCGAAUUACUGAUUUAACUCAUCCACAAUUGAUUGCCGAAAACCCGAAAUGCGAUCGAAAAGUGGCUGUUUAUGGAUAUCUUCAUGGUACUCCAUUAUCCUAUAAAGAUGCCAAUAUUCAUAUUGCUGGUGUUGGUGAUUAUACCGUAUCGUCAGUGGAGAAAUUACCUGAUCCUUGUCCCACGCCUUAUUUUGAACAACGCUUGGAAGAAUUGGAGAGAGAAAGAAUCAAGGCGGCAGCUGAACUGGGUGAACCAUUAGCCAAAACAACAACUAGGAGAAGAAAAAGAUUGGAAGAUAAGCAAAAGAUCAUAUAUGCGCCAAUGUCCGAUGUCGGCGGGGUUCUUGUUGAUAAGGAUGCAGUCUAUAUUGAUGUUGGUGAUAAGGAAAGUUUUAAUGCUAAUGCUGAAGAUGGUGAAGUUAGAGGAGAAGGCGAAAGCAUGGUUACGAAUUUACAAGAUGUUGCUAAAACCAUGUCGGAACGAUUUGAAGAAGGCCCGGGAUUGCAAUUGUUUUCAAAUUCAAGUGCAUUGAGAAAUGAAGUAUCACAAGAUAGUGAUGGUAGUGGAGAAGAUGAAGCGCAUGGGCUUUUAUCUGACGUGGACGAUGAAGAUGACGAGGAGACUGUUGUGGAUACAGGUAGGACGUCAAUGAGGAAAGCAAGAGUGUAUGGAAAAUCGAUUUCUGAGGAUGAUGAAUUUGACAAUGCUAAGUCUGAUGAUGAAGAAGAAGAAGAAUAUAACAGUGAAAGAGAGCCUCGAUUGGUUGAGGUUGAUUUCAAUAGCGACAAAUACAAUGAUAAAGAAUUGGAGUACGUUGAAGAUUCGGCACUUUCAUCUGAUGAAGAGGAAGAUUCCUACAGAUCAGCAGCAUCAAGAUUGAAAGGAUCGAGUAAGAGGAAAUGGGACAUCAACAAAUUGAUUUACAUGACAAAUAUUGAUCCUGCCGAUGCCAUAAAGAGGUGGAUGGGUGAAGCUGACGACGACGAUGAAGACGAAGAAGAAGAAGACAUUGAACAGGAUGACGAUGAUGAUGGAAAUUUCUUUAAAAAGAAGGAUGUAAAGCAACUGAGUGAUGAUUUGGAUAACUCAAAGCCAAAAUUUCCUCCAGUGGAAGAAUUAAAGAAAAGAUUUACGUCCUCAAAUGACGAUAGCGAUGUGGAGUAUGAGAAUGGAUAUUCUAUUUUGAAGAAGAGAUUAUUGACUGCACCAAAGUUGAAUGAUGACGAUGAAGACGAGGAAAAGAAUGGUGAAGCAGGUAGUGGUGAUGAAGAUGAAGAAUUGUACGGUGACUUUGAAGAUUUGGAAGAUGAAGAAGGUACCCAAAAAGCUUCGAACGGUAAAGCAAGGGCUAACGAUGGUGACAAUGGCUAUGACGACAAUGACGAUGACGACGACGAAGAUGAAGGUGAUGACUUCGCUGAUUUUGACGCUGAAGAAGAAGCCGAGGGAGAAGAUGAUGCCCUUGAUAAGGACGAGAAUCUAACAGUUGAACAAAAACGUCAACUCAAUGCUGCCAAAAAGGCCAAAUUAAAAACCCAGUUUGAAGAAGAAGAGGAUCGUGAAUUUGGUGCUGAUGAUCCGGAAGGUGACACCGAAGCUGAGACGUGGUAUGAAUUUCAAAAGAACAAAAUGGCUAAACAAUUGGAAAUCAACAAGGCCCAAUAUGAAGAAAUGGAUCAACAACAACGUAUCAAGAUUGAAGGGUACCGUGCUGGGUCCUAUGUCAAGAUUGUAUUUAAUUCAUUGCCGUGCGAGUUUGUUGAGAAUUUCACCCCAGAAUACCCCUUGGUUCUUGGAGGGUUAUUGGCUACUGAAAUGAGAUUCGGUAUCAUGAACUCGAGAAUCAGAAGGCAUAGAUGGCACAAGAAGAUUUUGAAAUCGCAAGAUCCAUUGAUUUUAUCUUUAGGUUGGCGUCGAUUCCAAACAUUGCCCAUAUACACCACGUCUGAUUCGAGAACUAGGAAUAGAAUGUUGAAAUAUACUCCGGAACAUGCUUAUUGUUUUGCAUCCUUUUAUGGGCCAUUAGUUGCUCCCAAUACAACGUUUGUCGGGUUCAACAUUGUUGACAGUAAAUCAACUACGGGAGCAUUUCGAGUAGCAGCAACGGGAAUCGUUGAAGAUGUCAAUUCGUCGGUUGAAAUUGUCAAGAAAUUGAAGUUGGUGGGUCAUCCAUACAAAAUAUACCGCAACACGGCUUUCAUCAAGGACAUGUUUUCUAAUGGUUUGGAAGUUGCUAAAUUCGAAGGAGCGCAAAUUAGAACCGUUAGUGGUAUUCGAGGAGAGAUUAAACGAGCAUUAUCUAAACCCGAUGGGUAUUUCAGAGCGACUUUUGAAGACAAGAUAUUGAUGUCCGAUACGAUUUUCCUCAAGACUUGGUAUCCCAUCAAGAUUAAGAAAUUCUACAAUCCAGUCACCUCCCUUUUGUUGAACCAUCAUUCUGAAUGGAAAGGUAUGAGAUUAACGGGACAAGUUCGUGCUGAUAAUGAAAUUGCCACUCCAUUACAAGAUGAUUCGCAAUACAAGAAAAUUGAACGAGUUGAACGAAGAUUUAAUCCAUUGCGCGUACCUAAAUCGAUCCAAACUGAUUUACCAUUCAAGUCGCAAAUCCAUCAAAUGAAGCCACAAAAGAAACAAACCUAUAUGAAUAAGCGGGCUGUUGUAUUGGGUGGCGAGGAAAAGAAAGCGCGCGAUUUGAUGCAAAAGAUUGCCACUAUUCGUAAAGAAAAGGAUGUCAAACGAAGGAGUAAAAAAGAUGAAAAGUUCAAGGAAAAGUUGAAGAAAAUUGUCAAGAGUGAAGAAAUGAGAAAAGAGAAGGAAAAAGAACGCAAGAAGGAAUAUUUUGCCAAGGAAGGUAAAAAGAGAGCCAUUGGUUCUGAUGAAGGUAACGGAGGAGGAGGAGGAGGAGGAGGAGGUAAAAGAAGACGAUAG